GUGGUAUGGCAGGGAUGAGGAGCCGGCAGCGGAUGUUUGCGGCGGUGAUGCGCCUGCUCCUCAAGUGCCUGCGGCUGGGCCGACGGCGGCGGUUUAAGCUGGUGCGACAGACGGAGCAGCUGUGGCACUACGGGCACCUCUGCCUCCGUUCCCUGCUCUACAACUCCUUCACCAACAGCGACGUGGUGCUCGACUCCCUCUUCGAGCCUGUCUACUGGCUGGUGGACCACGUCACCCGAUGGUUCGGUGUGGUGUUUGUGGCACUGGUGAUCGGGCUGACGAGCUCCAUUGUGGCCAUCGUGUACAUCUGCCUGCUGCCCCUCAUCCUCCAGACCUACACACCUGCCUGGAUCUGCUGGCACCUCGCCUACGGACACUGGAACCUCAUCAUGAUCAUCUUCCACUACUAUAUGGCCAUCACCACCUCACCCGGGCACCCACCACAGGCCAAGGACGAUCUCACUGGCGUCUCCAUCUGCAGGAAAUGCAUUGCCCCCAAGCCAGCUCGCACACACCACUGCAGCAUCUGCAACAGGUGCGUGCUGAAGAUGGACCACCACUGCCCCUGGCUAAACAACUGUGUGGGACACUACAACCACCGCUACUUCUUCUCCUUCUGCUUGUUCAUGACCAUGGGCUGUAUCUACUGCAGCAUCAGUGGCUGGGAGAUGUUCCGGGAUGCCUACGCAGCCAUUGAGAGAAUGAAACUGCUUGAGAAGGAGAGACUGGAGGUGGCUGCCAACCAGACGUACUACCAGACCCCGCCUCCCACCUUCUCCUUCCACCAGCGAGCUUUCCACAAGAGCGUGGUCUACCUCUGGGUCCUGUGCAGCUCGGUUGCGUUGGCUCUGGGUGCUCUCACGCUGUGGCACGCCACCCUCAUCACCCGUGGGGAAACCAGCAUUGAGAGGCACAUCAACAAGAAGGAGAGGCAGAGGCUGCAGAAGAAAGGCAAGGUCUUCAGGAACCCCUACAGUUAUGGCGGCUGGGAUAACUGGAAGGUGUUCCUGGGCGUGGAUGUGCCAAGGCACUGGUUCACCCGCGUCCUGCUGCCCUCUCUUCACCUGCCCCACGGUACAGGCCUGAGCUGGGACCUGCCUCCCUGCGUGACCAAGCAGCGCACGCCCCUCCUGGCCAUCUGA